ACAGGUAUGUUAUCAUGGUUGUGUGACUGUCCAGCAAUGUAAAUCUCACUUCUCAGUCACAAAUGUGCAAGAAUGGCAAAUGUAAUGGCUGAUGGGGCAUUGGAACAAGACAACAGUCCCAGCGCUAAGCCAACUGGUUCACAGCAACCUCAAUCAACUUCUGGAGGCAUGGACAUGGUGGAAGGAGUAGAUGAUGACAUGGAUGAGGUCAGCGUAGGACUAGACAUGACAGAUGAGGCAGAUGAAGACAAAAACGAACCUCAAGAUGAGCUGAGGGUGAAAGCCAACCUAGAGGAUACCCCUAAUGAAGAUGCAGACUGGAGCAGAGCCAGACAGUGUUUGUCCGUCUUUCACAUUGAAGUGUUUCAGUGUAAGCUGUGCUUCAGUUUUAACUCCACACGAAAAGCAGCGAUCGCCGAGCAUCUCGAGGAAAAACAUGCUGGAGAAUGGGAGACGGUGGCAGAUAACGACAGUACUCCAUCCCCCGCCACUGAUGACAGCAAAAAGAGUGCUCUAACUCAAGGUGACUUAGAGGAGAUGAUAGAGAGAGAACUGAUCGUUGGAAACCAGAGAAAGCCUGAUGGAACUCCCACUGUCACCCCAAAGCAGAGUGCGGUCAUAACCAUACCAGCUCAGCAAUCCACUUUGCAGAACCAAUCAACUAGAGGACCACAGAGGAUCAUUACUGGGCCAGUUUCUGUCGGAAACAAUGCUGUCUUCUUACCGUUUGUUUCUGUACAGACAGCACCUGCUGGAAUGCUCCAGCCCACAUCUGUUCGUCAGCUUCCGCAAGCCACCACAGGGACAAAUGCUGUGGUGUGUGCCAAAAACAAGAGAGGGCGAGGCCGCCCAAAGUCUCUCCCUUCCAUUACCGCUGUUCCGUCCGUGACCCCUGCCCCCAAGGGAGUGGGAAAUAACAGCAGGCAGUUGGCUGUGUCUCAAUCAGAAGAGUCCAUCGGCAGUGGAAAAAGCCAUUCAGCGGGUCCAUGUCGGAUUUCACUGAGACCAGGGCUCAGGCGGAGUGCAGAUCGCAAACCAAGAGAGUUCAAGGAUUACGUUUUAGUUUCUCCAUCCGAGAGAGGCUCAGGAGUUGAGGGCAAUCCUGGUGCUGAGGAUGAUGAUGAUAAGGAUGUAGUUUAUGAGAAGGAAAAUGAGGAAGACAAAUCAGAGGGCGUUGAUGAACCAGAUGAGCAACAAGAUGACCUCAAAGGAUCAGAGCAGGCUCCCAGGGUCUCUCAAAGAAAGUUGCAGUGUCCAAAGUGCUUGAUGACAUUUGGAACAAGAGAUGCCUUGAAGAGGCACUCGCAUUUGCAGAGGUGCAUUGGGGUGCCGAUUACCAGUAAGGAAUUCCCCUGUCCCAGUUGUGACUACACAGGGAUCAGUGCAGCCAGUCUCAGGAUACACCUGCACAGCCACAGGCAGCGACGAGAGAAGAGGUACGGCUGCGCAUCAUGCAGAAAGGGGUUCACGACCAUUAAGGGUGUGAAGAAGCACCGCCGGAACAAUCGCUGCCCGGCCUUGAAGCAGAAGAAGCCCAAGGGGCCCAAGAUGUUCACCUGCGAUCAAUGUGGUAAAGAGUGCAAGGAGAAGCGGGGACUGAGGGAGCACAUGGCAACGCACAGUGAGAUUCGCCUGUACAAAUGUGACUUCUGCUCGAAAGGAUUCAAAACCCCCGGAUCACUGCGCCGGCACCGCAAGAAGCAUCAGGACCGUUUCUUCUACUGCGACCAGUGCAAAUUCAAAAGCAGGUGGCGGUCGAGUCUUAAGACCCACUUUGAAGCCCACCAUGCCGAAGACUCACGGGAGUGGCUGCAGUGUCCUCAGUGCCCGCACCAGACCAAGAACAAGUACUACCUGAAGCGGCACAUUGAGUCCCACACGGACACCCGCAUGUUCAUCUGCGAAGUCUGCGGCAAGGACUUCAAGACGGAGAUCAUUCUCAACGUCCACCGGGGGACCCACGAGGAGGGCACCUACCCUUGCGAGAAGUGCAACUACGUGGGCAAGACGAAGAUGCAGCUGUACUCCCACCAACUCGUGCACAUCCCUCGGGACAAGAUGACCUACAAGUGCGACCAGUGCAGCUGGGUGGGCAAGCGCAAGAGUGAGCUGAGUGUGCACUACCGCAAACACUCCACCUUAAAACUCUACCAGUGCAGUGGUUGCGGGAAGUCAUACAAGCACAAGCAUGCGCUGACGCGGCACAUGAGUGAGAAACACCUCAGGAAGACACUAGUCCUUGACUCGUUGGAGAUGGAGGGCAUGGUGUCGCAUGCGGGGGAGAACACCGUCCUGAACACAGUCCAAGACAUCAUCCACAGGGCGCAGAUGGGAUUGAAGGUCACCCAUCAAGGGCAAACUCUUACUGGCAUUCCGGCGAUUGUCCAUGCAGCACAGCAGUAUCAUUUGAUUCAAAGUUCAGAGAUUGUUGAAGAGGUUGAUGCUGAUCAAAGUGACCAAAUAAUCACGCACGAGGAUGGGAAUGUCGCAAUGACCUCAGUACCUGUAGCAAAGUUCUUUGAAAUCACUACAUCCGGGGUUGGCCAUCAGAAUGAAAGUGCCCAAGCAACACAGUGACUCACAAAAACCUAUCUUCAAAAAAAUCAUGCCAUAAGAUUAAAAUCUUGAGAUUGGUGUCUUUUCUUUGACUACCACUUACAAUACAUGUACCAUGUACAUGUGUAGUGCCGUUGCAUGGCUUAAACUUAAUUCAUGUAAACUACCUUGUUUGUAGUUUGCCGUUCCUCCAGUGUAAGUGUGCUAACUGCUCAGCCCUGCAUGUUAACCAAAUAGCAAGUACCAUGAAUAUCGCAUCCAGGUGUCCCAGGUUUUAGCAAGGUCAUCAUGCAGUUGGUGUUGCGGCUGGUUUGUCCUCAAAGAGUCAGAUUGCAAGGAUGGAGCAGAGCUUUUUAAGACCACCUCACCUCAAUCCAAGAUUUUCUCUGGUGCCAGCAAGUGGUACAUGUUAAGGCUGCAUUUAGGUCCAAAUCAACUGGCUGUGGCUUGGAGUAGCACGCAUGUCUAUUGAAAUUAGCCACGGCCGCUGGACAGUUUUCAAACCAUGACUUCCUCUCUGUUUUGUCCGAGGAAUGGCCCGUGAUUUUGGAAAAUAAAUAAACGGCGCAAAGGCAAGCCGUAAUGACUGGAAGUUGGUUCUCAUGGAGUAGGAAAAGGACCAGUGCUGAUGUAACUGAGCUGGUGCAGCCUAAAAGCUGCAUGCUUAAGUCAGAAAAACAGCACGGAAAGAGGACUGACAAGCUGAAGCGGCAAAGCUUUGAGAACUGGAGACGUUGCCGAGGAUAGUUCAGCUCCUCAGUAUAGUGUUAUGUAUAUUUAGGGUCGAUCAAUACUCAUACAUGAUAUAGUGGGUCUGCACUUCGCGCUUUCAGUGGUUUUUUGCCAUGUUGAGGAACUAUCGACAAGUUGUCAGCUGCAAGUGGUCUGUUGACGUCAAACAUAUUCGGAAUUGUUCUGGCUGUGCCCGGUCUGGAAUUGGUUCCCUAACCUGAAGAUUCCUGACGACUCUUGACAUGCAAUUACAUGUACACGUACAUGCAAGCAUAGGUUAGCUUUCAACCAUGGUUAAAUAUAGUUCAGGACGCAACAUAUCAGGAGUGAGGGAAGCCCCACCUGGCUUGGAAGCUGUUUAAUUUAUUUCAUUUUCGAGAUGUACUUUACAUAAUAAAGCAAUGGUACGAAAUACACAAGGACAAAAAUUAUUUUUGACAUUUGUUUUUCCCUCAGUCUUACUGCCCACGACCAAUGAAGCCCGUACCUUUUUCACAGACCAUGUAAGUCCGGUUGAAUAAUUAUGCUGCUUUAUUUUUUCUAUCUCGACUCAAAGAUACAACCACAAGUAUGCUUUAAGAAUGGCCCUUUAAUGCUGCCGUUUCACAAUAGUGCGCCACCAAGAGUUUGCAACGUGUUGGCCAAUCACAAUGCGCGAAAUUUGUCGACCAAA